AUGGUCCUUCGGCAGCUGGGGAGCAUUUCCUUAUGUGGUCAAGUAGAUGUGUUUGUUCCAGCCUUAAAAUUGCUGAUGCCAAUGCUUGCUAUGGCAUCUGUGGCUUCACCAGUUACAUUUAAGGAGUUUUGUCCCUUGUAUUACCUUCUCAAUGCCAUUCCUACAAAGGUCCAAAAAGGCUUUCGCUCUGUUGUGGUAUAUCUCACAGCACUUGAUACCAAUGGAGACUACAUUGCUGUGGGGAGCAGCAUUGGAAUGCUUUAUCUUUACUGCAGACAUUUAAACCAGAUGAAAAAAUACAAUUUUGAGGGGAAGUGUGAAUCUAUUACUUUUGUAAAGCUGUUGAGUUGCUUCGAUGAUCUAGUAGCUGUUGGUACAGCCUCAGGUCGGGUUGCAGUUUUUCAGCUUGUGUCUUCGUUACCUGGAAGAAACAAACAGCUUCGGAGAUUUGAUGUUGCUGGUAUCCACAAAAGCAGCAUUACAGCUUUAGCUUGGAGUCCCAAUGGAAUGAAAUUAUUCUCUGGAGAUGACAAAGGGAAGAUUGUCUACUCUGCCCUAGACCUAGACCAGGGUAUUUGCAACUCCAGCCUUGUAUUGGAGGAGCCAUCUUCGAUUGUCCAGUUGGAUUACAACCAGAAAGUGCUGCUUGUCUCUACCUUACAGCGGACUCUGCUUUUUUACACAGAAGAGAAGUCUGUCAAGCAAGUUGGAACACAGCCCAGAAAAAACACUGGCAAAUUUGGAGCAUGUUUUAUACCUGGCCUGUGUAAACAGAGUGACCUGACACUAUUUGCUGCCAGACCUGGGCUUCGUCUCUGGAAGUCUGAUGUUCACGGAACUGUUCAGGCCACAUUUAUAUUGAAAGAUGUAUUUGCUGGAGGAAUAAAAACUUUUGAACUGUAUCCUCGUUUGGAACCACCGGACAGAGGAAGUUGCAGUGCCCCAGAGAAACACCUUGGGCUUGUUUCGUGCUUUUUCCGAGAAGGAUGGGUGCUGACCUGGAAUGAAUACAGCAUCUACUUACUGGACACUGUGAACCAGGCUUUGGUUGGUGGCUUGGAAGGAUAUGGUGAUAUUGUGUCUGUGUCCUGUACCAACAAUGAGAUUUUUCUCUUAAAGGGAGAUAGAGACAUCAUAAGAAUUUCAAGUAGACCUGAAGGACUGUCAUCAAUAG